AUGGAGUACUUCCCCCUAGGCGACCUCCAAAAGCACAUGUCCAAAAGUGGGCCAAUGCUCGAGGCCCAUGUCCGCACAGUCAUAUACCAGGUACAUACUGAGAAAACCCCGCAGAACGUAUUGAUCAAGUCGCAGCCGCCCCAGAAAUAUUGCAAUCGCAUCAGAGCACCAACCGAGAUGCUAUCGACAGUCAAGGGCACUCGAGAGUAUAUGGCGCCCGAGCUUGUCUACCCCAAAAGCGUGGUCGAGGUCAACAAUCAAGCUUGUGAUAUGUGGUCCCUCGGCGAGAUGGCGCACCCCCUGCAAGCCUUCUGGAGUGAAACUUGCCCCAUCAAGGGCGUCUACACCAAGCUAACUUCUCACGAGUAG